AUGACAAUGGAAUUUUUCCUGCCCAGGAUGGAAAGUAAGAACCUCUUCCUAAGCCUACUGCUCUGCUACAGUGUGCUCAGAGCUGCCCAUUCUCAUAUGGUAAUUGAAGAGAAGACAGAAUGCAACCUGUCAAGGAGCAACAAAAUGAAUCUCCAAGAUCUCCCACCCAUCUCCAUAGUAGAUUUAACUAAAAGAUCCCAGAAAGUCAGCAGGAAAGAGGCAGAGAACAAGAAAUCUUCCAAGAAAAACGCUGAACCAAAGACAUCUCCAAAACCAAGGCCCACACCAGCUGCUGACUGUGUGCCAAACUUCAAAACCUGCAAACCACACUUGAAUUCAUGUUGUAACUACUGUGCUUUGUGCAAAUGCCGAAUUUUUCAGACCAUCUGCCAAUGUCUAAUGUUAAACCCAAAGUGCUAA